UUGAGAGUCAAGUCCCAGGUCGAGGUUGAUAAUGAGUUGCGUCAGAAGGCAUUGAGGCACGGAUUGCGGGCAGAGCUGCCGGGAUGGGGCCUUAGGACGAUUGCUGGUGCGAAACAAGGACGGACCCGUCAUCUGGUGAUAACUACAGUCAUCCUUAGAUUACCAGUAGACGUGUUACUCAGCAGCACUAUAUUGUUAGGAGCUAAAGUAAUUUUUGAGCCAUAUGAGUCUCCCAAAAAGUACAAAUUAGAAUGGUAG